AUGCUUCGCCUGCGCCGCCUCGAGGCCGAGAAUGCCGCUCUUCUCGCAGAGGUCGAAGGCCUGAGCAGAGCGUUGCCCGUAUGCCAAGCCUUCGUGCAGACGGGGGGGUGCGACCCGGACGGGCCCGAAGAACUGCGCCGCAAGUGCGAUGAGGCCAUCGACGCCGGCGCCUCAGGCUACUGUGAGUGCCGCGCGGGAGGGCGGGCAAACGCGGUCGGCUGCGGGCACGCGCAGUUCACAUGCGCCGAGGCUUGCGGUACGCUGCAGCAGACGAGCACUGUGCAAGCAGCCGUGGGUGCGUCGGGCGCGCUGUCCACCGUGUCCACCGUCGCCACCGACGGGCCGCCGCAGUGCCGCAGUCUGCGCGGCUGCCGCGAGUGCGCCUCCCUCGAAGGCUGCGCGUGGUGCCUGCAGACCCGCCGCUGCGUGCCGGACGAGGCGUGGAUAUGCCAAGGCGACCUCGACCACGUCUCACACGAGCUCGAGGCGGACCGCCAGGCGCGCAACGUGCGCGAGCGCGCCGCCGACGCGCGCAGCACGCCGCCCGCAGCCGCAGGCGCGCCCACGCCUCCGCCCACGCCGACGGCGGGGCAUCCGUUGGCCGCCCGAGGCGAGCGGUCGGCGCUGGACGAGGCACGCGCGCGGGCGCGGGAGCGCGUGGUGAGGGCGAGCCUCGACGAGGAGGAGGAGGGCGGCGCGUCGCGGCCGUAUGAGACGCUCGAGCUCGCCGCAAACUGCUCGCAGAGCGAGGUGCGGCGCGCGUACAAGCGGCUCGCGCUGCGGUUCCACCCCGACAAGAAUGAGGGCGGCCACGCGGAGCUCGCGCACCGCGCCUUUCAGGCGAGCAUGCCGCAGUUCCACUCGACGGCGGAGCGGCUCAAGGAGUCGGACGACGUCGAGGUGGGCGCCAUCAACUGCGAGCGGCCGGGCAACAAGCAGAUCUGCUCCGACUGGCUGAGCGUCGACGCGUACCCGUCGCUGCUGCUCAACCGCAGGCACGGCACGCUCGCGCGCUACCCGUCGGCCGACAGCAAGGCCGCGGAGGAGGUCGCGCGAUGGGCGCUCGCCACCGCGCGCGAGUGGCGCUCGCUCUUCACCACCGCGGCAAACGUCGCUCACCUCGAUGCCGAGGGCUUUGGAGAGCGGGUCCUCGACGACGCGCGGCGCGCGUGGGUCGUGCUCUUCUCCGACGGCCUCGCGUGCGCGCCGUGCCGCACCGCCCGAACCAACCUGCUGCGCCUCUCCGCCUCGCUCGCCGGCCUGCCCGUCGGCCUCGGCAUCGUCGACUGCGAGGAGCCGUCGAACGGCGCCUUCUGCCGCGAGGAGCAUGGCAUGCCCGAGCGGCCGCACGGCCCAGCCUUCCUCGCCUGGCCUCGCGGCCUCAAGCGGCGCGGCGGCUCGACCCGCGGCGAGGCGCUCUUCAGCGCCGAGCAGAUCGAGCCGCACCGCGCGCUCGAGCUGAUCGACAGGGGUCUCCGCCUCGCCCUCGCCAACGAGCGCGCCUCCUCCGGCGGGGAGGAGGGGGGCGAGGCCACCGCGUUCGAGAGGCACGCCGCGCCUCCGGGCGAGUCCGGCGAAGGCGGCGCCGACGUCUUUGGCGGCGGCGGGCCGCCAGGCGGCUUUCGCUGGGACGGCCCUCAGCGCGACCCGGACGCAAAGCCGCUGCCGUGGGGCGGGCCGCGAAGGCCCGACGCGGCGCCGCGCAUUGGCCGGUAG